AAUAAAAUAAUUUGCAAGACAUGCUCAAAUGACUCUUGGUUCCAUCCGAAUGCCCAAAGUCCUAGCGUCACUUCCGGCGACGGCGAGGGCGGCGAGUUCCUCAACCGCGACGAACCGAGACCUCUAAACCGAGAUGAUCGGCGACGUAGAAAAGAUGGUCGCCGUCGGUCUCGUCUGGGGCGCCACCAACGCCCUUAUGCGGCGGGGCGCGAUCCUCUGGGAUCAAUCCCUCAAGUCGUCGGCGCCGCCGCCCGCCGGUGGCCAGCAACACCGCAAGCUCCACGGGAGAGUACUCGCCUCGCUCAAGAGCUGGCUCGGCCUCAUCUUGAUUUGGCAGUACUCGGUCCCUUUCUUGAUCAACCUCUCGGCCUCCGCCACUUUCUUCGCCAUCCUGAGCCACGCGCCGAUCUCUCUCGCCGUGCCCGUAACCAACGCGACGACGUUUGCGGCCACCGCCGUCGUCGGGGCAGCCCUCGGCGAAGAGACCCGCUUGGGUCACGCGGUUCUGGGUACGGGUGUUAUUGUUCUUGGUGUCUGGCUUUGUAUCUUGUGAAUGUCUGGCUUUCCAUCUCAAGAAAUAUGAUGCAGCUCUUAUUUUUCGCUUAUCAGAUCCCAUUUUGCGGCCUUUGUUUGUAUUUAUGCUCUGUUUCAGCUCAAUUGAACCAUUUUAAUUUUCUUUCUCUUU